GUUAAUUACAUACUCCCGAUAUAAUAUUAUUGAAGAGUGGAAGGCUGAAUUAGCUCUAGAUAAAAAAACUUUUGAAUCCUUAGUGUUAAUCAUUGAACAAAAUAUCAAUAAUGACAACUUCUAUAAUGAAUAUAAAAAGCUUAAAAAAAAUUUAAUCGAAGAAACUUUAGCCUGUAACGAAGCUCUAAAUGCCAGAAUGCAACAGCCAACUUGGAGACUACCCAAAAAUCGAAAACUAGCAUUUUG